AGUGAGGUACCUAAUGACAUCCUAUUGAAGUCUACAUUGACAAGAGAACGUGGACUCACUGAACAGCAUAGCAUCUCAGAACACACCUGCACCAGGACCACACACUAGUGUAACUUUAGUUCAUCUCUCUCACAAGGAAACCAGCUCUAAACUGAAAAUGCUACCAAAGCUUUCCUUUGUCAUCCUUGUGUGUGUUGGUACUUUGUUAAUAUGUACAAGCACUCAAAGCCUAUCGCGAGACAAUGGGAUGAAACUGUGCGGCAGAGAGUUCAUAAGAGCCGUUAUCUUCACGUGCGGCGGGUCCCGUUGGAAACGGUCCUUAGAUGAAGACUUGGAUCUCUUCCAUGUCAGAGAGGGCGAGGACAGCAGACUCAACUGGCCUCAUGGUCUGGACCAGGCCACAGUAGCAGACCACCCUCUCCAGCUCUCCUCCUCAUCCCCCACCUCCCUGGCUGAACUCUUCUCACUCCUGGGUGGAGUGGGAGACCAUAGGGGGUCCGCGGCCAACCUCGACCCCAGUGAUGAGCUCCAGAAUCAUGCAUCGGUGUUGGGAGGAGUGGGGGGAGCCAGAGAGCUGGCCAGGAGCCCAAGCAUCAAUUGGCAACGCCGCAACAGGCGAAAGAGCAACUUUUCCUUGGGCGUAGCUGGCAUGUGCUGCAACCAGGGUUGCACUAAGAAUGACAUUGGGCGUCUGUGCUGAGACUGGGGCAGUGGGCAACAGGAUGGUGGAGGUAGAGCUGCCCUAGCCUGGGUUUAUCUGACCACACACCUCUCUGUGUUAUUGGAGUGUGGGUGAAAGGUUAGCCGUUUUCUUUUCAGUGUUUGACUAGGUUGUUAAUGGGAGAAAUUUCAACACAGGCUGGCUCAGGGGUUCCCAAACUCUGUCCUCGGGACCCCAAGGAGUGCACGUUUGGGUUUUACCCUAGCACUGCACAGCUAAUUCAAAUAAUCAUCAAGCUUGGAUCAUUCAAAUCAGCUGUGUAGUGUUAGGGCAAAAAAACUAAAUGUGCACUCCUUGGGGUCCCGAGGACCAGGUUUGGGAAAUGCUGGGCUAGCUGUUUAAAUGGCUUUGUACGCUUUUCUGUAUAAUGUGCAAGGCAAAUAGUUUGCAAUUGCGGUUUGCAUGUGUUAUUGCUCAAAUGUUGUUUCAUCAUUAAAUUAAUUACUGAAGCAAGAGCACUUAUGCACUUCCCUGAGAAAUACAAUUGUUUGAAUGACUUGAAAAAUGCAUCCCCACCAAGAAUACCCCAUUGAAAUACUGUGAACAUAUGUUAAGUGUAUGUAAAUGUACAACUCAUUGAACAUCAAU